UCAGCCCAUCAGCAUUUGACGACUUCCUCUUCAGCAGUGCAGGAGCCUGUGAAAAGUCUGACUGCAUGUUUAAAACUACCAAAGAAGGCAGUCCAGAGAAGGGACCAGGCUGAUUGUUUGCACUAGGACUAUUUAUCCCAGAUGGGAGGUAAUAAAUAAACACCAAAGUUGAUAAUGUCACGAUAGGAGAAAGAAAAUCAUGGCUGACGAACCUGAGCAGCCGCCUAAGAACUGGACUGAAUCUCAAGUAAGCACCUGGCUAAGAUCCAUUGGAGUGAAGGAGCAGUACAUAGUAAAGCUCUAUGAGGAAGAAGUGGAUGGACAAAUCCUUCUUACACUGAAUGAGGACUUUCUGAAGACAAAGAUUUGUAUGAAAUCAGGGCCUGCUCAUUUGAUUAUUCAAAAAAGAGAUGAGCUCCUCAAUGUCCAGAAAAAACCUCAGGAGAAGAAAAAGCCCAUCAGUGGCAAAAAAGCAGAGUUGGAGCAGAAAAACAUUAAGCAGAAAUCAGAUCAGUAUCUUCCUAUAACAAGUGAAGAUCCUCCAGCACAGGUUUCUAUAAGAGAUCAAGAUGUCUUAGAGGAGAAACAAACUGUUCAGGAACAACGUGUGUUUACUUCAAAGGAAGACUGCAAACCACGCCCAUUUGAUCAAGAAGCGAUCGAUUUUAUAUAUGUAAAGCACAGAGUCCUACAACCUGAAUCGGGUGCUUUUGAUCUAAUAUCUCCAUGUCAUGAAUAUAAGUCUUUUUCUGUAGCUGCUGCCUUGGAUCGCACAAGACUCCAAGCUAAGUUUGCCAAAGAGGUUCUUAAAUUUGCGACUGGUUGUAUGAAUAUCAGGUCAAAUGGCACAAUACACUUUGGUGUAAUGGACAGCAAGGAAGAUGUAGGAUAUGUACAUGGUGAGAUUAUUGGUGUCCCUGUGAAAGAGAAGGGCAUUUAUGUAGAUGCUUUGGACUACAUUGAAAGGACUUUCUCCUCUGAUAAGGAGCACGUGCGCCAGUGUGUGCGGCCUCCCAGGUUCAUUGAGGUUAUGGAUCAAGAAAGUACAGAGAAGAGGUAUGUUGUAGAAGUUGACAUUGUGCCUUCAGUAAAUAUUGUUAAGGGCAAGGUGUAUGCAGUUCGUCUGCCAAACUUCAAAGAGUCAACUAACAAAAUAGAAUUUGAGAAGGAAACAAUUCUGCGGAGGGUUGGUUCAAAAACGGAGCCAGUGAGCGACAAAGAUCUCAGUGACUUUUACCAGAGAGUCAAAGAUCGGGAUGGUCAAAGAGAAGACGCGGAGAAAAAUCAGUUUCUCAGUGCUCCAGAGAUCUGCCAGGACCUUGGUAGGAAACUCAAAAUGCUCAUGACUAGUGGCAAGAAAUUAAUUGAAAAGGGGAAAUGGUUCAUACUCAUCACAAACAGAUUCACAUCUGAUGACCUUGGCAGCAUUGACUGGCUGCUUAACUUGAACCUUUUCUGUGUGUUUGACUUUGACCCAGACUCAAAGGUAUCAGGUCUUUGCAGUAGAUACCUUCAGCAUCAUGCUGCAAACAUGCACUCUCUGCAGAGCUAUAGGAUAUCAAGUGACACAAGCAUCAAAGAUUUCACAAGUAACUUGCAUCUGUUCGAGCAAACGAGCUGGAUCUUUUGUAACGGCCGUUCUGACUUUAAAGGAAGUGAAACUCCAUGUGAUGAAAUGACCUGGAUCAAGACAAAAAUGACUUUCUUGAGGGAAUCUGUGUCUUUGAUUUGUAAACAAAUCUUGCCAAAAGGGGCAUUUCAGGUAAUUUUCCUUCUCACAUCACCAGUUGAGAAACCACUCUUGCACACCUUUAAUGAGUUUUUCACAGACAUGGAAGGCCACGAAGACAUCAUCUGCAUCUGUGAAUCACAGAAAAACUUCCAGAAGUGGGAGA